AAAACUAAAAACCGAAACAGAUUGUGUCUGUUGAGAGAGAGAGAGAGAGAUUGGUAUGGCCAUGGCGUCUGUAGCUCAACAACUGACCAGCACAAAAUGGAGUCCCCUCCUAUGUAAACCAACAACAACACAAACCCAUAAACAAAGACGCCCUGGUAUUGUAUGUUCCAUUGCAAUUAGUAGCGCCAAUAACAAAGAAAGAGCAAAGCUUAAAGAGCUUUUUUAUAAUGCUUAUGAACGUUGUCGUAAUGCUCCAAUGGAAGGUGUUUCGUUUACUCUUGAUCAGUUUACAGAAACUCUUGAAAAAUAUGAUUAUGAGUCUGAAAUUGGUACCAAGGUUAAGGGCACUGUGUUUGGCACCGAGACCAGUGGAGCUUUUGUUGACAUUACUUCAAAGUCCACGGCUUACUUGCCGCUAUAUGAGGCGAGCCUCUACAAACUUAGGCAUGUAGAAGAAGCAGGCAUAUUUCCUGGCGUGAAAGAGGAAUUUGUAAUUGUUGGUCAAAAUGAAAUUGAUGAUGGUAUGAUCUUGAGUUUAAGAGAUAUCCAGUUUGAGCUUGCAUGGGAAAGGUGUAGACAACUUCAAGCAGAAGAUGCUGUUGUCAAGGGUAAGAUUAUUGAUGCAAAUAAAGGUGGUGUGGUGGCUGAAGUUGAAGGCCUUAAGGGAUUUGUUCCAUUCUCACAGAUGUCAACGAAAUCACCGGGAGAAGAGAUUAUUGAGUUUGAGGUUCCUCUAAAGUUUGUGGAGGUGGACCAGGAACAAGCUAGACUUGUCCUUAGCCACCGCAAAGCCGUAGCCGGCAUCCAAGGACAACUAGGAAUUGGAUCAGUUGUCACUGGCACUGUGCAAAGCCUAAAGCCAUAUGGUGCCUUUAUCGACAUUGGUGGUGGAAUCAGUGGCCUUCUUCAUGUCAGUCAAAUUAGUCACGAUCGUAUAUCAGAUAUUGUAACUGUUCUUCAACCUGGUGAUACUCUGAAGGUGAUGAUCUUAAGUCAUGACCGGGAGAGAGGCCGUGUAAGUCUUUCCACAAAGAAGUUGGAACCUACACCUGGAGAUAUGAUCCGUAAUCCAACGCUUGUAUUCGAGAAGGCGGAGGAGAUGGCUCAGACAUUCAGACAGAGAAUAGCGCAAGCAGAAGCCAUGGCUCGUGCUGAUAUGCUUAGGUUCCAGCCAGAGAGUGGAUUAACUCUCAGCAGCGACGGGAUCUUAGGACCACUUGGUUCAGACUUGCCGCCAGAGGGACUGGAUCUGAGUGAGAUACCCCCAGCUGAAGAAGAAUAUUGAUUGAGGGAAUUCAGAGGCCUUUACCUUUUUGCCUUUAUUGCACCUUGCUCUAUGUAUUGUUGUAGAAUGAUAAACCUAAUGUUAUUUUUUCUUUUGUAUUGAUGUAUUCAUAUUUCCUCGACGGUGUAAAAUUGAAAAGAGAAAACAAACUAUUGCCUUGUAUAUUUGAGGAACCUGUUAAAUAUGAUCAGAAACUAAAACACUA